UCCCUCUUUAAAACACCUACUUGUUCAUUUUUUCCAAAUUGCCGACGCAGAAUAUUUCCCCGGUAUAUAAGGGACUGGUUGCUGUGUGGGAAAUUAAACAACACCAUUUCUAAGCAUUUGAUCCAUCUCGGCAAUACAACAAUGUUUUCCGGGUUAGCUGCUAUUGUUGCGCUGCUGUUGUGCGGGAUCGCACUGGCGGAAAGGAUUGCAUCCAGUCCUGAUGUAAGCUGGAAUCGUCGCAAUACCGAUUCGGAUCGUUCAGGCAGCCGCGGCUCAUCCUUCUCUAAUUCCGAUGAUGACCGCUUCCCCAUUACCGGCGGCAGCUCGAGGUUCUCGGGUAAUUCGGGCAAUUCCGGAAGCGGAAGCAACUUCGGCUCUCGUGGAACGGGUUCCGGCAGUCGCGACCGUGAUGAUUUCGGCAGCGGCUCAUCGUCGUCGCGCGGCUCAUCAUCACAGGAUCCAAAUUAUGUGACAAUUGUAGCCGCCCUGGUGCGGUUGACUAACGCCGACGGCAAAACCAACACGGGCAGCAAGUGCGCUUCCUUUGGCGGCAAAUGCGAUCCUCUCAUCUAUGCCAAUCUGGAUACCGAACGACCGAAUGCAAACUGGCCCGGAUCAAAGGAUGUAAAAUUCUGGCCUCUGCUUCUUUCUGUCAAGGACAAAAAUGAUGUGGACAUUGGCAUUGUCAAUAUCACAAAACAAUACUGCGGACAAACUUACAAGGAAGCAAAUCUCCGUGUGCACGUUGAAGACAAGAAGAUGCUGACAUCCAAUGCCAUUAUCAAUGAAUUCGACUGUGUGAUCAACCGUGAUCCGGCCCGCGAUGAAUUUUCCGCCAGCUGGAGUCCGGAACAGCAGUGCAUACCGCGUUAUCCAAAGGGUGGUCAAAUCCUGACAUACAAGUACAAAGUGUACUAUGUGGACAAAUUUGGCUGCGGAUCCACCGAUAGGCCCAGCACAACUACCAAAGGAUCAUGGUUCGGCUAGAAAAAAACGGCCGACAUAUUUCCUUGACGGGAACCAGUUUGUCAAGGGUGAAAAGCCAAGAGCUAGAUUUUAAAUUCUAAUGAGAGUUUUUAUUGUUUUGGGAUCGUGUUGCGUGGUGUCUGGCAAUACGACUUUUGAUUGACUGCUUGCCGACAUAAUAUUAGUUACUAUGUAUUGCGUGUGCAUUAAUUAUUGGUUUUGUCUAGAGAAACGUUUGACACCUUUUGGAAGAUUAGUUGUAUCAAAUCAUGGAUAGCAAUAUGUAUCGGUCAUUUACAAAGUGACUUAUGUUGUCGGUAAAAUUCAUAGUUACAUUGAUUGUAUUACUUUCUAUCAGGGUUUUUAAUAAUAUGGUGAGAGAGUAG